AUGUUCUCCAGAACUAGUGGUAUUCCCAGUGUCAACAGCAACAACAACAGCAAUGCUGCCGCCACUUCUCAAUCCAAAAACAAUCCACUUGUGGCCACCGCCUUUCACGCAAGUCUUGAUAGUUUAUUACUGGAGGCAACCCGACAUCGUACGAUGAGUCCACUGCGUGAUGCGGUGCAAUCCGCUCGUCUGCGGGGAUUCUCCGCGGAGGAUAUUUUUCACACCUUUGUGCUUGCUUGUGAUAUUCUGCACGGCCGACGACAAUACCGUUCACUUCUUUUGCAGAGUCUUAGUGAUUUGGGAAAAAUGGCCUCAUUGCGUUUAUUGCCCAUUACAGGAAAUGUAUUAAAUGUGAUUUGUCAUCUCGUGCGAAAAUUAUUAGGAGCUGGAACGGGUAAUACAAAUACGAAUAAUACGAAUAUGAGUAGUAUGAGUAGUAUGAGUAGUGGUGCUGCUGCUAAUACUGCUGCUGCUGUUGGUGUUGUUGGGGCUAGUGGUAGUUAUAGUAAUAUUAAUUAUUCUCUUCAGAGUGGUUUGCAAAGUACAACUUUACGUGGAGUGAGUGGAAUUGAAAGUUUAACCGCCUCCGUUUCAUUGGAGGAAAACUUAAAUACGGAUGUGGAUAUGUCUGAGGGAUCACCUUUUUAUGUAAGUACGUUGGGUAAUACUUAUAAUGAUGUGAGUGAGGCAUCUCCUUUAUUAGAUGAGGAAAUGCGCAUGCGAAUUUUACAAAUGUUAAUGGCUUAUUUAUCAGCCUGUGUGUUGGGGAAUACGGCUUUGGCAGAUAUGAUGGGUAUUCUGUUUACGAUUUAUUUACAAUCGACUGAGGGAUCAAUGGUGGAGGCAACGUGUGCGGCAACGAUUGAACAACGAACACAGGCCGUCCUUCGCAGUCUUCGUAAUAGUAAUAAUAAUAGUAAUAAUAAUAAUAAUAGUAAUAAGCAGAAGGAUAAUAAUAAUAAUAAUAAUAAUAAUAAUAAUAAUAAUAAAAGUGGUGGUAAUACUCAAGUAGAGGAUGAUAAUGCUUCUCUCUGUGCUCAGAUACAAUCUGUGGCCUAUGUGAAGGAUGUGUGUAAUAUCUGUGCUGGAUCUCCACCUAAAUGGUUAAAGUUAAGUUGCUAUCGCAGUGGCUCCACUGCCAUCUCCACAUCCAACACUCAUACAGAACCCUCUACAGCCCUUCCACGUCGAUUACGUAUUCUACUUUUACAAACAUUAAUUACACACUUUAAUGAGAGUGAACCCAUCACAUCUGCACAACAAUUAAGUAUUUUCUUUGCACAGUGUAUUAAUGAAGAUGUGGUAUCUCUUGUGUUGGGACGUGUGAAAAGUAAUAGAGGAAGUGUACAAUAUGAAUCUAUGAAAGUACCACAAGGAAGAGGAGAAGGCGAAGGCGAAGGCGAAGGAAAUAGUCUUGUAGAUCUCUAUCCUUUAUUAGAUGAUCAUCACGAUGAAGAGGAAUUCUAUCUCACACAAAAACUUGGAAUCACACUUCUCACACGAGCCCUUCCUGUAAUGCGGCAUACAAUGCCAACACUUCUUCGAUAUCAUGUAAUGUUGGUGAAACUCUGCAGUGAAGGCGAUGUGAAUGAAGAAGAUGCCAGGCGAAUGGCAAUUGUGUUAACACUAUGGCGAAAAGCCAUUGCCGAUCAUCGAUUACUUCGACAAUUAUUACUACUCGCUUCUCCUAAUAGUGGAAGUGGAUUGGAAAUUCACAAUUCUAUUUUAUUUACUACUACGAAUACUAAUACUAAUACUACUACUAAUACUAAUACUAAUACUUCUUCAUCACCAACUCCAGCUCCUCCACAACCAACAGUAUUAUCUUUAUCAUCACAACAACAACAAGAAGAGAAACAUCAACAACAUCAACGAGAAGAAGAAAAAGAACGACAACGACAACGACAACAAGAGGAGGAUGAAGAAGGAGAAGAAGAAGGAUCGCCAGGAAGUAGUAGUGUUGAAUUCUAUCCUAUACGAACUGCAGUGGCACAACCCAACUUCUCACCAGAGUUAGAUACAAUUGCCAUGGAGGAUUUGGAUGGAUCUCGUCCCUUUGCAGAUCUCGUUACCGCCGCUGCCCAAUUACUCGCCAGUAUUAUCGCAGCAACAGAGGGAAUGUUGAAUCUAGAUGCCGUUGCGAGAAGAGAAGAAAAGAAACGUACCGCCGCUCCUCAGAAAAGUAUCAUCACAAGAGAUCUCCUUCGACCUUUACAACUCUCCAUGACAUUAGCUCAUCAAUCUCAAUUGUAUUCUUCACUAUCAACCCAACACCAACAACAACAAGCAAAACAAAUAAAUCAAGAUACCAGUUUCAACCCUUAUUCGGAUAAGGCGUCUACAUAUGAUUUAGAAGAGUUGCAUCCAGCUACAAGACAAACAAAUGAUGUUCUCGCUUUCUUGACAAUGUUUACACAAAGUUUUGCUUGUAUUGUGGAAGAGAUAUCUGUGGAAGAAAAAACGCCUACCACUCGUACAGUUCGUACUCAUGCGAUACCUACAGCUAUAUCUACUAUGAUGACAGAUUCUAAUAAUUUACAAAAAGAGGCAAUAAAUCUUUUUCUUUCUUUACAUCCGCCUCUUCUUCGCAGUUUUGCUCUUGCCACUCAACAUUUGCAGGGGGAUGAUGUCAUUCACACCAUUCUUAAGGGAUGUACGCAUCUUUUAAAGGUAUCCUGUACAUUAGGAUUACCAGCCCAACGGGAUGGAUAUUUGCAGAUAUUUCUCUCACGUCUACACAUGGAAAAGGAAUCACAAACACCAUCACUGGGUAUAGAUGGAACCUUUACAUUACAACGAAAAAAAAAUCCUACUUCAGAAGAACGUUACUCAUCACAGAGUGGAAAAUCAUCUGGAUUAACUUCCGUAAAGACAAAUGAUGUAAUGCAACGUUCACUUAAUAGUCUACAGCAAAAAUUAUAUGUUUUAAAUUGUGUUAUUUCUAUUGCGAAUAGUAUGGGUUCUGUACUGGGAGAAGGAUGGCGGCCUAUUGCUUCUUGUUUACUUUUAGUGGAACCUCUUCUGCAGGAUUUUCGUCGAUUUGCAGAUCCGCAAUUACAACAACCGCAAUCUCAACAACAACAGCAGCAGCAAACCCAACAACAAUCACAACAACAUCAACAAUCACAGCAACAACAACAAUCACAACAACAAUCAUUAUCAUCAUCCUUACAACAAGGAAUGAUGGAAGAAAUCACAUUACAAGAUGUUGUUCGUAAUGCCAAUCAUGUGCGGGAUGCGUUACAUCUUCUCUUUAUCAACACUGCACUCGCCCCGGAUCCCACGGCGUUAGAAGGUCUUCUUGUGCACUUUGUGGCCGAAGCCUGUGGGACCCAAGGUAACAAUAAUGAUAAUAAUAACAAGAAGAAGAAGGGUAAGAGUCACAGGUGUAAUGUUCAUAUGAAUAAAGGAGAUUCUUUGUUAUCAUUGCGUACGGCAAGUGAGUGUUGUGCUCUCGCACUUAUUGCUGCAGCGGGCCGACGUGCGGAACCUCUUCCUUUACAACGAUUAUUACGUUUGUGGGCUGCUGUCCGUCCACUCUACCGUCAUGCGCUUCUCAAUCCACAAUACUAUUAUUAUCAUUAUUAUCGUUCUCAUCAUUAUAAUCAACACCGUGGUGUUGAGGAGUUACUCCAGACGAUGGAACGACUCGUUGAGGAUAUCGCCGUUGUGGCUGCACAGUUCUGUCGUCGUGUGAAUAGAACUACUAAUAAUAAUGGUAAUAAUAAUAAUAGUAAUAAGAAUACAAAUACUGCAAACAGUGGUAGUAGUAGUCCUGGUGGAAAAGGAAGAGAUGAGGUGGUGGUAUCGCAGCUUGCCGUUGGACCGUACAGUACAGCCGCUGUGGUGUUGCGAUUUAUGAAUCUCUGCCCAGUGCCUUUACAGACGCAGCGGGAUGUUUUCUCCACACGAGGGACACACACAUUAACAGAGAGUUCAUAUGAUGAGAAGAGUGAGAAUGCAAUGGAGGAAAGUGAGGAAUUAAAGCAGCAGUUGUUAGCUUUGCCACUAGAGUUGCUGGCUACAGUAUUUGAUCAUAUGCAGGAACUACCACAACAACAACAACAACAACAGCAAGAAGAAGAAGAGGAAGAAGAAGAUGAUGAUGAAGAAGAAAAGUGGGCUACAAGUGGUGGUAGUAAUAAUAGUGGUAAUAAUAAUAAUAAUAAUAAUAGUAAUAAUAGUGAGUGGUUGUUAACAAUAGCACGUGGGGUCUCACUUGCACUAUUGAAAGAAGUAUUAAAACUCGUUCAAGGCUUCGGUGAGGAAUUACGCGGUCCGGCGUGGGUACAUCUUCUGCAAAUACUACGAGGAACGGCAUUAUUGCCUCAACAAAACACUACAGCCGCUCCUUUAACAACAACUACUAUGACAACAAAACCUCAACUUUCUCAUGGAGCUGUUACUAUAUGUGGAAAACAAGGUAUAGGUAUUGCCUUUCGUGCAUUAGAGACCAUUCAACAUUCUUGUAUUACGAGUUUAGAUGAUGAAGGUCUUCGACAACUUAUUCGAUGUGGAGGUGCUUUCAUGACGCACAGUCUGGCUUCUACGGAACAACGUCUUAAUAUUAAUCUUAGUGCUGUACAAUUACUUUGGUCUAUUGCGGAUUAUGUGGUUUCACGUGAAAAGGAUGGUGAGAAGAAUGAUGAUAUUCUCUGGUGUACGCUCUUUCUACAACUUUAUGAUGGUUGUAUUGAUGUUCGACCAGAAGUACGACAAAGUACACUAAAGACACUCUUCUCACUUGUACAAGCCUACGGUGGACGUUUCUCUGCUGAUUGUUGGCGUUGUGUAUUACAUAGUGUGUUAGCAUCAUUAAUGGAUAUUACUAUGCAAGCGGCUAAUGCUUGUGCUAUACCUCCUCCUCCUAUGGUUAGACCUACUAAUAAUAAUAAUAAUAAUAAUAAUACUAUGAUGAAUACAACUAAUAAUACGACGACUGUUGUUGGUAGUGUAGCUCCUAAUAAUAAUAAUAAUAAUAAUAAUAAUAAUGUUGGAGAAGAGGAACUUGCACCUCAAAGAAGUGGAUAUGUGGCUUUAGGCUCAACUCGUGAUAAUGUACCUUCACAACAUCGACGAUGUGGAUCUUCAGCAUCUGCUUCUACACUCUUCAGUGAUGCUAUACAGUUACUUCAAGGAUAUGAUGGAGAAGAGGAAUUGCGUAUUGCGAUAUUAUUAACACAUUUAAGUGAACAUCCCAGUUUUUUUGAUGAUAUGCGUAUAACGAUUAUGGAUGCGGUAUGCCGUGUGUUUGUUUCUCAUCAUCGUGCUAUGCAUACCGCACUUCUUAUGCAAAAAGGAGAUUCCCAACAACGUAUGGACAAUGAAGCCUUACUACAUGAUGUCAUGUCUCUAUUUAUUGAAGUUUGUGGAGGUGUACGAUUAGUAGCACGAACAACAAGUGGAGAAACAGCGGCUCUCUCUGCUGUACGUGCACUUCAUGCCUUAAUGGCAGCAACAGAUGUAACUUUAUUAACAGAAGCGGAAUUAGAAGCGGCAUGGACGGCCAUUGAACGAUUAAUUCGUCGUGAUAAUGAAUGUAUGCAUACAGGACGUAAACAAUGUACGGCGGCGGUGGUAAGUGCGGUGGUAACAUCACUAGGAGAUGUGGUAAGUAUGCGAUUGAUGGGAUUACAGAAAUUACAACAACAACAACAGCAACAACAACAAUCCGUAGGAGUUGUACUUCCUUCUGCAAAUACGGCCUUUUCAUCCGCUUCAUCCUCAUCAUCUUUCUUUGAUCAAUUACGUCAUGCCUUUACACCCGCAUCUGUACGGUUUAGAAGAAGAAGUAGUAGUAUUAGUAGUACGAGUAAUAAUGGUAGACCACGGCAUAGUUACUUUCAAGAGUAUCAUCGUCUCAUACAAGAAUGUCUUCAUUCCUUUGCCGUAACGGAUUCUUAUUUCUUUCCUAGUAGAGUACAAACUGCUGUGAUUGGGGCAUGGAAAAUGCUUUGGCCCUUUUUAACUGGAAGUGAUCAGAACACUGUGGUGGAUCUUAUUUUGCAGCAAUUCCCUGCACGUCAUGCUAUUCAAGCAUUUGUAACCCAACAUGUGGCCUUUUCAAGUGUAGGGACAUUGUUAGAGGAAUCAGGAUCCUCAACAGUGGAUAUAUUUCCUAAGAAAUCUCCAUCAUCACCGCAAACAUCAUCACCACCACCAUUAUCAUUAUCAUCUUCAGAAAUAGUACAACCAUGGUCAUCCCAACAAAGACGACGUGCGCAACCAGUGACAUUACAGGAAUCGGUUCCACCAGGGGCACAUCCUAGUUUUCUCUUGGUGCUUAUGGAUUUUCUUCUUUUGAUUGCCUCUGAUCAUAGUUUACGUGGAGAUGAGGAAGAGAAAGGGAAUGAGCAACAACAACAACAGCAACAUCAACAACAACAACAACACUCUGAGUUAAUCGUUCGUAUUGCACCUAUUGUAGUUCGUCUGGCUGGGGCUUUGUUAUUAUUAGAGUAUGCUCCUUUAGAAGUAUUAACGACACCUGGUCCUGGAGUGCCAUUUCAUAUUCCUUCUGAAUUCUUUGAAAAGACAGAAUAUUGUCUUCGUUUCUUUCUUUUAGUGGUUCUCUGGGAUAUGCCUUAUACAUCUUUAUCAGAGGUACAAACACAAUCAACAACAACAACGACAACGACGACAACAAAUAUAGACAGGAGUAAAGUAUCUGCUGCCCUAUUAUCUACAAGCCGUUCAGAUAGUUUAUUAGCUUUUGCCACUACCUUCACAACAUUGGUUUCUCUUGCUAGUACCAUGUUAAAUAAUGCGGAAGCAAGAAAGAGUCCUGUUUUUACGUUUAGUGACCUUCCUUUGCAUUUACAGCAAGCAUUACAGCGACUAGAAGGAUUAGUACUUUUGUUGAGUAAACUUAUUCCACAUGUUAUUCGUUCUUCUGGAGAUGUGAGUGCCGCAACGGAGUUACUCUCUGUUCUUAUCCCAUCAUCCUCCGUAGAAUCUCCACUCUUCGCUAGUGUGGCCAGACGUAGUUUAGAUGUUCUCCGUCGUUGGUCUGUGCCUUCAUCUCCACUCCAUUCAGACACCCCACCACUACCUUCAUUAGGGACAAGUUUGAUGUAUGAUAGCAUGUCCUUAUCACAACAACAAUCCCAAAGAUUACAACAACAACAACAAGAGGGAAAAGAACAACAACAUGGACAUCAACAAUGGGAAAUGCAAACCGUUGGAAAAGUAGUAUCUAGUGGUGUGUUAGAGACAUCCAUGGGAAGAGAGAGUGUACUCACUUUUGCGGAAGGUGAGGAUGUGAGUAUUAUGCUGCAGAGUGUGGCCCGGGCAUCUAUGGGAGCUCGCAACCGAGCGGUACUGAGAAGAUUUUUACUGAAUAACAACAACCCAGAAGCACGUCAAAUGGCGAAAACAACAUUACAAACACUUGUUUUAUUAUACCCAAACAAUAUACAACAACAAGAUCAGAGACUUGUGCAGCAGCAACAACAACAACAACAAAGAGGGAUACUACCACCAGGUGAAAGAAGGGAGAAUGUAGAAGGUGCUAACAGUAAUGAUAAUGAUAAAGAGGAGGAUGAGAAUACAGAAACUCUUCAAGGAAUUCUGCUAGAGUUAGUGCGUCUUGUUGAGUAUACUGGUAAUGAUGCAGAGUUCCGUUCACUGCUUUCAAGAGCCAUGCUGGGCGUUUGUGCUGCCCUCGGCUUUUCCAAUACUGCAUAA